CCUAUGUCGGACCCAGUUACAGACUUUCUGGCUCGUGAGCAAAACGUUUUAGCUGACAUUGAGGGAGCUCCAGUUGGGAUUGAGAAUGACACCAAUGUUGCGGCAGGGGAUGAAGAUCUUGGUUUUGAAAAUGUUAAUUCAGUAAAUGGAGUUGAUUCGGGUGUAGACCUCCCAGCUCUGGAUCAACAGCAGGCCCCUUUAGCUACGAAUCUGCGGUCAUCUGCAAAUAACACGCCAUCUCCAGUCCCAUUACAGCAGCCUACAGUGCCAAAAAUCGAGCCCGAAAAAAUUAGAAAAUGGCGGGAAGAGCAGAAAAAGAUGCUUGAAGAAAAGGAUGAACAGGAGGAAAAGAAGAAAGAAGAGCUCCGGGGAGCUGCUAAAAAAGAAUUAGAUCAGUGGUAUGCGAAUCGUCAGGAACAACUAGAAAAAACGAAAAUCGCCAAUAGGAAGGCCGAAGAGGAGUUUAUUGCUGAUAGAGACAAAGGUGAGGGUGGUGCAGAUUGGGAUCGAAUAGCGAAGCUAUGUGAGUUUAGCACUAAAAAUUCCAAAAAUGUCGCUGAUCUUUCUCGUUUUCGUUCCAUCCUUUUACAAUUGAAGAAUACUUCGAACUGA